AUGUCAUCUGCUCAGCCAACCCCUUCUCCGCGUCCACCACCCUCAACCGCCAACACUCAAGUCAAGGUCAUCGACUCUGCUGCGGGUCGUAUUCUCUGCUUGGCAGACAUUCGCGGCAAGAUAAGCGCCAUCAAUGAUCUGGCGAAAGAGACGGGGGCUAAAGCGGUUAUUCACACCGGAGACUUUGGCUUCUUCGACAAUAACAGCCUGGAGAGGAUAAAUGACCGCACACUUCGGCAUCUCAUUCUCUAUUCGCCACUCAUCUCUCCGCAACUCCGCCAGACACGACUUGGCAAUGAUGCAGUACCCAAUGCGAUCCGCCAUACAAUUUUUUCACAUUCUACACCCCUCCUCAGCGAGUUCCCUCUGCUCCAGUCCGGGACGCUUCGCCUGUCUGUUCCGGUGUAUACCGUUUGGGGUGCUUGCGAGGAUGUGCAGAUCCUCGAGAAGUUCAGGAGCGGAGAGUAUGACAUCGAGAAUUUGACUAUUCUUGAUGAAGCCACGACGCGAUGCCUGGAUAUCGGAGGAGUGAAACUGCGACUGUUUGGUCUGGGCGGUGCGCUUGUCAUGCACAAAAUGUUUGACAAUGGAGAGGGCAGGGCGACGAUCGCCGGUGGCCAGGGUACUAUGUGGACAACCGCGCUACAGAUCGGAGAGCUUGUGGAUACCGCACAGAGAACCUACGACUCGACCGAGACUCGCUUGCUCAUUACCCAUGCGUCUCCCGGACGUGAAGGCCUCCUGGCCCAACUCGGUCUUGCUCUCAAAGCUGAUCUUUUCGUUUCCGGGGGUCUGCAUUUUCGAUACUCGUCUUCCUAUAACGAGUUUUCUGUCCAAUCUGACCUGGAGGCCUUUCGUACAAAGAUCCUGUCUGGACAAGUAGCUUUCAACAAGGUCUGGGAUAGCGUCAAGGUCCAGGUGGAAGGAACUGCCGACGAAAAUCAGCGCCAGCUUCUGGAGAAGGCACUCAGUGUUGUUGCGCGUGUUCCACAGCCGACAACGGCCGCAGGUCCGGGUGGCGCCGCCGGCGCUGAGGAACCUGCAUGGAAGAACUGCUGGCAUUGGAAUCUCUGUGACGCAGCGUACGGCAACCUUGUUCUCGACAUCAAGGACGGCAGGAUCAGCGCCGAUCUGAAAUCUCAGGGCUUCAACUACGCAUAUCGCCGAAACGCACCCACCACUGCCACUGGAGCCAACGCUUCCGCUGCACCAGUACAACAUGCUGUUGUUUCUGCCUCGUCGCCUGCACCUGGCCCAUCUCAACUGAAAGCGCAGCCCGCACCCCACGCCUCACCUGUGCCGGUUCUGCCAGCUGGCACCGGUGCUGGCUCCGCUUCGUCACCUGUUCACGCAGUUAGGCAUCCGCCGAUUCAGUCGCGGCCUGUAAAUGGCUCUCCCAUUCAGGGACAACUACCGCAGCAGACAAAGAAGGUUGCUAAGCCCGAGGGUCAAAAGGAAAGAGAGUUAUCCGAUAAGGAGAAGAGCGUGGGGACGACCUCUAAACCGUCAACUCCGAACCCUGUCAGUGACUCCAAGCCUGCCGCAAGCACUUCCGUACCGGACACGACAACCUCUCCAGCACCGGCUGCUGAUGCAGCAAGUCCUGGUGCUGGAAGAGAUGGUGCGAGCUCCACUGGGGGUCGCACUCCCACGACGCGCCGUCCCCCAAGAAAUCCCUUCACUCUUUUCAUGAACAGGAUCACCGAUCUUCCCGUUACAGAGGCUGAAAUUAAGGACUUCUUCGGAGAGGCAAAAUCCGGCAUUACGUUCAUUAAGAUACCCAUCAACCACCAUACCCGCCAACAAAGAGGCUUGGCAUAUGUCGAGUUUGGUGAUGAAGAAACGAUGAAGGCUGCAUUGGUGAAACAUGCACAAAAACUCAAAACCUGUAUUCCUCGGGUCGUCAUCGCUGAUCAUCGAGACCCGGUGGAGAGUGAUGGCUCUACUCCUCCACCUGCUCUUGCACGUGGUGGCGGGCCGUUCCGGGGGGGUAUGCGGGGGGGACGCGGGUUUGCCAGAAAUUCUGUUGCUGCUGCUGCUGCUGCUUCCGCUGGGCCUGGUGGGCGUCCCGCCGGACGCGGCAAAGGGGAGAACGGUAUUACAGAAGGGGGGAGAGUCGAGGGCGGACCGUCCGGUUCACCAGCGCCAUCUGGCCCCGCUGAACCGAAGGAGAGGGGGGGGGAGAAAUAGGUGGGAAUUUUUCGUUGUGGAUGGGAGUCACGCACGGACGGGGGCGGAAUUUCGUUAUGUCCUUCAAUCAUUUUACCCAUUACGGCAUUGCUCAUCUGGGUUGCUGAAUUUCGAUGGGCUAAUGAUACUUUAAACACAUCAUCUGACCAAUAUUCGAUGU